AUGGAAUUCGAGGAGGAUUCGGCCUCCUUCCAUGGCGGCGAGGGCGUCACCUGCAUUCUUCACCGCCCCAAGAAGAUGCUGCUGGAGCUCGAGCAGGCGCCCCUGGGCCACGACGUCAAACCCCUCUCACUGGGCCACGACGUCACCAGCCUCUUCUCCUUGUGCCGCGACUUCCGCCGGUGCAGGGUUGUGAUUCCGAACCCCAUCUACGGCGGUGACGCCGGCCUUCUACAUGUGCACAACAACAAGAAGACGCUGGCCAUCCGCGAGCAGGUGUCAGUGUCGCCUGGCCGCGAACCCGGCGUCAAGAACAGGACAUCCGUGUGCAAGCGGCGUCCUCGGACGUUCAUCUCCCUUCGUCUGCUUCUCAGAAGCAGUGGGCUCCAUAUACAUCACAUUGUAUCAGAUUACAAGGAUAGGAAUGAAGAGGAAUAUGAGGGAAUGAACAUAUCACUCUUGGAGGAGGCCUCAGUGCAGAAGGCUGAUGCAAAACCUGUGUACUGCACAAAGUUUCUAUCUGACUGGGUUUGCAGCUUAAGAAAUUUUAAGUGGAAAGUAGUGGCAGGGAUUCACCAAGCAUUAGUACCGAAUGAAUACAGUUGGGAAGAAGUAAUGGGCUCACCAAUUAUUCAAUACGCAGGAGGCUGCUCGCUCUCGGCGUGCAGUGUAUGUAUCGACCGGCUUGCGUUUGAGAGAAUCCAUGGGAGAGGAUCCUUUGCAUGGAGGGUAGAAUCACCCCCUGCAAAACUCAGAAAAGAAUGCCUUAAGAGGAAUGCCUGGUCACAGGAAAGUGGUGGGAAAUCUGACAGGGUGCUGGAUGUAAUCAUUGACAUCGGAGGGCUACCAACGACUGACGGUAUGGCUCUACUACAGAUAGAGAGAUACCGUAGAUUUGUUGGACCCUACAGGACUACAAUUCAAAUGCUUUUCUCCAUGUUCGAAUGGCCCUGUCAUUGGGGUCCUCUGGGCUACCCCAAAGGGAUACUCCGGUUGCGAUGCUGACAAGGAUGCCAGGAGGGUGUACAGAGGCUGCCCAGCGUUCUUGGUUGACAACCAAACGGCCUCUCUGCAUGCCGUUGUAUGCUAUGCAUACCGGUUUUCGGCAACCCCUUUUGGCCGGGAAUUGCACAUUGAAGUUCUCGACAGUCACAAUGCUAGAGGUCCUCCAAGAUGGGUUCUAUUUGAAGCGUUCCUUAGGUUCUUUCUGCCGGUCGUCCGGCCUCUGUCCCCUCUUGCCAGUUAGCUUCUCAGCUUACAGGCGAACUAAUUCAAUUCAUUAGUUCAUUGUACAACAGAUAACUGAUUGCUUCUAUUCUAUGAGAAGCGUUUUGGGAUGUUGUUACUC